AAGACGAGUCGGGAGCAGUGGGUGGCCGAGAGACGUAGCCGUGCUCCUGAGAUCAGCUGUGCCUUUUACCAUCUGCUGGAACGGUGCGUCAAGGCUGGCCCUCUGUCUGAACGUUCCGUCAGAAAUGGCCGAAGAGUCGAGAGAUGACUGUCAGACAUCUUUCGAUCCACGUCGGCGUCCCAGGCGAAGAAAGCCAGAUGGCGCCUCCGAACAUGCGCUUCCACCGCUGGUGCUAUGCCUAUCAUUCCAUUGAAGACGCUGAUGAACCCGCACUAUUUCUGCCGCAGCCAUCCAACCAUCUUCUGAUGCGCCCUGAAUGGCUGGGACACGUUAUCGACAAAUGUGUCAGAGGUGUCAUCAGGGUGUCGCCUACUGCCCACCGAUAUGGUAAAGUUAUAUUCGAGCAUGUCGGCCAUCUUUCUAUUGGAUUCGAUGCCGUCACCGAAGAGUAUGGGCCAGGGGACCCGGAAAAGAUUCAGUAUCAACCGGAGAUGUUCCUUCAGGUCUUGGAAUAUGCACCACAUCGCAGGUCCUGGGGUUCUGCCCAUGAAGAAUGUGCUUUCUACCGGUGGAAAAGAGAGACUAGCGAGAAGAGAAAACUAGCUGGAUUGCCGGUGAUAAUUGGGGGCAGCACGGGAGGGCUUCAUGAGUUGAUGCAUGGUGAAUGAUAUUGACGUUAUGAUCAAAGGAUACAUGUUUGAAUUACGUACUUCACGAUAUAUGCACUUGC